UAUCCCUCUUCACGCGCUCGCCCUUCGUCACUGUUACGUCCUCGUCAUUAUUCUCAUUUAAUCUGUGACGUGACUGUUUUGAGGACGUCGUCAACAUUGAUAAACAGUGCGCGUAUUGUCGCAGAAAUGAGAAGACUUUAAAAGUGAGUGAGUAGCAGGACAGCAGCGAGACUAGCUUCCGACUUACAGCACAGAGUCGGACCAGUAGCGCAUAAUCUCGCGCAAUAAUGACCAUUCUCAGGAUGACCUCGCCUCUGAUCACGGCAUCGAGCAGUCCCCCAUCGGCCGACAACCAAGAACAGGCUUCGGCCUCACCAAUUCUCGCAUCCGCUCCGAGACUUAGCUUCUCCGUAGCGGCACUCCUCGCCGACGACUACCGCAGUCGACCUCGCGCCGUCAGCCCGUGUCCGACGGAUCUACGCACCGAUCCAGGCCGUCGCUACUGCGACUCCCCGGCAAAGGACUUCUCAGUACGGGGUCUCCAACACUGUCCAAAGUCCCCGGCGAGCUCGGGACAUGUCUCCGACGCCGAGGACGCCGAUAGCCUCGUCGACAUCGAGGAGCUGAAAAUUGCAGAAGGUAGUGCGAUGCCGGGACCGGUGCGCCCAACCCCGGCUUAUCUUGCUACGGGUUUCCCAGGACUACGUGGUCUCGCAGCCCUCCACACACCAAUUUGGCCAGGAAGUCAGGGUGCGGUAGCCGCCGCUGCCCAAGCCAAUUUUUUCCCCCAACACUUUGCCGAUCGCACACCACUAAACGGCAAUGGCGAACUCAAGAUUAAAUGCAAUCUGAGGAAACACAGGCCCAACAGAAAGCCCCGCACGCCCUUCACCACGCAGCAGCUCGUUUCCCUUGAAAGAAAGUUCUCCCAAAGGCAGUACCUAAGCGUCGCCGAACGCGCUGAAUUCUCCUCCUCCCUCCACCUCACGGAAACGCAGGUGAAGAUCUGGUUUCAAAAUCGACGCGCCAAAGCGAAACGGCUCCAAGAGGCCGAGAUCGAGAAGAUGCGUCUCACCGCAGUCUCGCAGCAUCACACGGCUCUGUACAGUUCACAUCCCGGCCUUAUGGCCACGGCCGGUCUCUACCCUUUAAGGAUGUUGCACCCGGGCUUAGCCUCGGCUGCUCACCAUACCGUCACUGGCCAACACCAUAAUCGAGACUGAAACACUUCAUAAGACUGUUGCUCCCUGUACAUAGGCCUGUAAAUACAUCGAUCGAUCCACGUCCUUAAAUUCAUCGUCAAUCCUUUCGUCGAGUACAUACUAUGUAUUAAUCCUAUUACACUAUUAUUAGUACUGCUAAUACUAUUGCUACUAUUAAUAUUAUCACACUACUAUUAUUACUAUUAAUGCUAUCAUUAUUAAUAUUACAAUCAUUAUUACUACACUCAUCCGCCCUACACAAUU